CGUCGUUUGGCCGCAUUAUGAAGGAGAUGGUAGGAGGCUGUUGCGUGUGUUCUGAUGACAGAGGCUGGCCCGAAAACCCCUUAGUAUAUUGCGAUGGACAAUCUUGCACAGUUGCAGUGCACCAAGCUUGUUAUGGUAUAGUGACUGUGCCGACUGGUCCAUGGUAUUGCCGUAAAUGCGAGAGUCAGGAGAGAUCCGUGAAAGUAAAAUGCGAAUUGUGUCCGAGCAAAUACGGUGCUCUGAAGCGAACGGACAACUCAGGAUGGGCUCACGUCGUUUGUGCUUUGUAUAUCCCGGAGGUCCGGUUUGGGAAUGUAACUACUAUGGAACCGAUUCAAUUGCAGUUGAUACCCCAGGAGAGAUUCACUAAAGUCUGUUAUAUUUGCGAAGAAAACGGGAAGCCGUCUAAUGCUAGCAUCGGUGCCUGCAUGCAGUGUAACAAAUCCGGCUGUAAACAACAGUUCCAUGUCACUUGUGCCCAGAGCUUAGGGCUCUUAUGCGAGGAAGCUGGAAACUUUCUUGACAACGUGAAAUAUUGCGGAUAUUGCCAACACCAUUACGGAAAAUUGAAAAAAGGAGGGAAUGUGAAGACUAUUCCGCCAUACAAGCCCGUGUCUUCAGAGAAUCCUCAAUCGGAUUCUAGUUCUGAGAAAGAGCAAGAUUCAAAAUUAGGCAGUAAUAGUACUUCAUUGGGAAAACGUAAAUCGUCCUCAUCUUCAAACAGUAAGACUGUUAGUUCGAAAGUGAGCAAUGCAAAUGUAAAAUCAUCAGUGAGUGCUGGUUACUACCAAAAGUCUGUAGCAAAUCAAAAAGGGAAUUCUGAUAAAGCUGCAAGCAAAAACAAUUCUAAUAUUAAGAACAGUAAUAACAGCAUUAAUAGUGCCAAAAGUGUUAUAAGUGAUGAUAGUGUAAGUGCAACUGACAAUACUGCAAAUGAAGUUACAAAGAAAUUGGAAAUAGACAUACAAACACAUAUUGAAACUAGUAAGGAUUCUAAAAGCAAGAAACGCAAAGCAAAUUCUAGAACCCCAACCCCAAAUAUUGUGAAUGAAGCCAGCAAUAGUGCAAUAGCUGAUAACACUGCCAUUAAAAAAGAAGUAGGUGAAGACAAGGCUAAAAAGGCGAAAACUGAAUCAAGUUCACCACAUUCCGCCUCAUCACUACCGUCUAGUACUGCCACCGUUGUUUCACCGCCAACAGUCCUCACACCUACAACAGAUACCAUUUCUGCCACAUCCCCAGCUGUAGCCACUAACCAAUAUCAGCAAUCAAUUAUUCAAUCCACAACCACCCAUCAGUCCAUUAAUUCUGUUGUGGUGUCAGUUCCAUUGCAAAAUACGCAACUGAGUCCUAGAUCUCACAGUAAUCAAUCACAACCAAUUAAACCAACGUCCAUACCAUCAACUGCCAAUCCACCAGAAGAUAUUUCAACCAAUACUAGAACAAGUCUAGUAACCAGCGACGUUUCUAAUCCAGCAACAGAAGAAAAUAUGAUCACGUCUGAUAUGAGCGGUGGUCCUCUGAAAAUUUCAUUUGAAAAACAAUCGAGUUUAACAACUCCGCCGGUUCUUCAGGUAGAACUUGAAGACGUUAUGGCCAAUCAAAGUGUUGACGUGCCCAUUAAAAGAUCGCGGUCACAAUCGACCGAUAAAAUAGAAAAACAUACGCGGGCUAAGAAGAAAAGUUCAAACGGUGUUGUUAAUUCUUUAAGCGGUUUGCCGGCGUCUUCUUUAACGAAGAGGUCGAGUAGAAGUCAGCACAACACGCCGCCUCCGCCACCACCACCGACACAGGCAGCAGCAGCGAUGCUUUCCUCAGCGGCAGCAGCAGUGGCAACGACGUCGGCGCCGACGAGUUUUGCGGGGACUUUGCAACAGCAGCAACAGCAACCUCCGGCCCAGCAGCCGCAGCAACUGCCGACGCAGAUUAAAGAAUCCCCGCCGAGUUCGCCGAGCUCGGAAAGUUUGGGUGCGCCGCCGAGCGUGGGCCGGAAGAAGGGACGGAAGAGUGCGCCUGCUUCAGUCUCCGGCUCUAGCAGUAAAGAUACUAAAGAUAAUAUAAAAUUAUUCCAAAACGGCGUUAAUGCACCCCAUAUGUUAGGUAAUCAACUGAACCUGAACUCGAAUAUGGCUCAGAAAAUGACGGAUCACCUCAACUCGGAACUGGAGGCGCACUCAAUUUACUCCAGCGAGAACAACAAUUCAAAUUUGAUCGGUCCGCAACUUCACCACAGGGUCAUUGCGAAUGCGAGGUCGAGUAGUACAGGUGGAUCGAGCACCGCAAGCGGCGGCAGCGGGUUAUCGUCGAUGCUCAGUGGUAAUGGUGGCGCUAUUCCACAAACUUUAGACCAACUUUUAGAGCGCCAGUGGGAACAAGGGUCCCAAUUCCUAAUGGAACAAGCUCAACAUUUUGAUAUUGCUUCCUUACUUUCUUGUUUACAUCAAUUAAGAGCUGAAAAUUUAAGGUUGGAAGAGCAUGUCAGUUCCCUAUUACAGCGUAGGGAUCAUCUGCUGGCCGUCAACGCGCGUCUCGCCAUACCACUGACCGGACCACCUGCCGCCCCACAAACAUCUCAUCCGCAUACCGUGAAUAACAUACACCCUGCAGUGGCCUCUACCCACGCCGACACCUCGCGAGGACGGAACUCCGGCGGUAGUUAUGGUAGUGGCCCCAUGGAAAACGGAAUUUCAGAUCAGGGUUAUCCGCCCCAUCCCCAUCGAAGUCCUGCGGGAAGUUCGCAGUCGCAAUCUUCGACUCCAAACAUCAGACAAUCUUCAAAUUACAACAACAUACGACAAGGCUCGACGUCGGACACGACCGUUCGAGCCGCCUCACGAGGCGGCGGAGCAGGCUCCGCCUACUCUCACUACUCUCAGGCUGCCGCUCCCAAUUCGAACAAUCAACAGCAACAGAUUGUCAUAAGAAGGGAAUCUGAGCAACCACAAAACAGUAAUCACCAUAACACCAGUAGCAAUAAUGGAAACGGAAGCACCAGUAGCACUAACGCAACAAACAGGCCACCAAGCUGAAACUAUUUGGAAAUGGUGGAGGAAGAGGAUCUGGUUCUCAGCAUCGAAAAAGUGCGCCCGCGCUUUGCCAAAUAACGUUGAGAGAACAUACUAGUCCUAUUAUUUAAAAUUCAAGAGAAAUAUGUAUGAAAAUGAGAAAAACAGUACAAACAAAUUUAAGACUUGAUAAAUAAGAUAAUGCAAGUAAGGACAAAGUUGUGUUAAAUAUCCUAUGUAAAUAAUUUAGUUUUGUAAUUUUAUUUAAGUUGUAUUUAGGCCUUCAUAUAAUCAUUUCUUUGGCAAUAUUAUCAAUACCAUUCAUUAUUUUGUUGCAAUGAAACUCGUUAAGUAUUGAUGAUAUAUGCUGGGUGAUUUUUAAUACGAAGAACAUUUCGUACAUCUAUAUGGUGAUAUUUUUUAAAAACCAAAUUAAAAUAUUG